AUGGCUGUCCGCAACCCCUUGUCCCGCUCGUCCCCCCUUACCGCGCCUUUAAUUCCGUCCCCACGCCGCGUGAUUCACAUACCUCGUGUUCUCUCUCGGCUCGGAUUGGCUCUCGCCGCGGUUGUUCUUCUAAUCGCGGGGAUCCACUUCUCUCCCUCUCCCCUCCCUUUCCCCCCUGUGCCCCUAUUUCCCCCCCUGCGCUUUCCCCCUCCUCUCCCCCUCCGCCUUCCCCUCCCUGUCUCAGGCGCGUUUGGCAUCGCAGCCCACUACGCCGAUUACCCAGUGCUUCUGAGUCGGCCAAUCAGGCAGCGCCUCGCGAUCGUUGAGCCAAUCACGCGCGAGCUGUCGCUCCGGGAGCUUCCCGUACCUGGCGACCCGUACUCCCACGACCCUCUGGCUUCGGUGCCGUUCCUGGCUUACACGCCCGGGACGAAGGGGAGGAGGAGCAGGGGAGGAAGGGGAGAGGGGAGAGGAGGAGGAGGAGGAGGAGGAGGAGGAGGAGGAGGAGGAGGAGGAGGAGGAGGAGGAGGUAGAGGAGGAGGAGGAGGAGGAGGAGGAGGAGAAGGAGGCGAUGAGGAAGGGGGAAGUGUGAGGGGACCUGUCAUAUAUGCCAACUAUGGAACAGAGGAGGAUUUCCAGAUGCUGAUUGAUCUGCUGCGAGAGGGAGGGAGCGGGAAAGGAGGGGAAGGAGGAGGGGGAGGAGGAGAGGGGGAAGGAGGAGAGGGGAGGGGUAAAGGGGGGGUGGAGAGGGGAGGAGGCGCGGGAGGAGGUGGAGGGGGAGGCGAAGGGGCAUGUGCAGGAGCGAUAGUGCUGAUGCGAUAUGGGAAGAUCUACAGAGGAGACAAGGUGCGCAAUGCAGCAGCGUGUGGCGCCAAGGCAGCAAUAAUCUACUCCGACCCAGCAGACUACGGCAGCACCACUCUCUACCCCUCUGGCCCGGGCCUGCCACCCUCUGGCGCCCAGCGCGGCUCAAUCUACGAGUCUCUCGGCGACCCACAGACGCCAGGCUGGCCCUCCCGCCCGGGCGGCGAGCGCUUGUCCUUAUCCGAGGUGGCCGGCAGCCUGCCGCCCAUCCCCGCCCUGCCGCUGUCGUACGGGCAGGCGAAUUAUAUCCUGGAGCUGCUUGGGGGUGCUUUUGCCCCAGAAGAAUGGAUUGGGGAUAUCGAAGGGUUGGAGUAUCGUGUUGGACCGGGUCCUGUAGUGGUGGAGAUGGAAAUAGAGGUGAACGACACCGUUACUAGCAUUCGCAACGUGAUUGGGUCGAUCAAGGGCCAAUCGGAACCUCACAGAUACGUGCUGGUGGGGAACCACAGGGACGCAUACGUGCUGGUGGGUAACCACAGGGAUGCGUGGGUGUUUGGCGCUGCAGACCCCAACAGUGGCACGGCAUGCAUGCUCGAGAUGGCACGCGCGUUUGGGUCAUUGCUGGCUGCUGGGUGGCGCCCUGCGCGCUCCAUCGUGUUUGAUCCCUCCUCCCAUCCCCCACCAUCCCCCCCCACCCCCCCCCCGAUCCCCACCCAUCCCUCCCCCACUAACCCCCCCCAUCAGAUGGCACGCGCGUUUGGGUCAUUGCUGGCUGCUGGGUGGCGCCCUGCGCGCUCCAUCGUUUUUGGCUCGUGGGAUGCAGAGGAGUUUGGACUGGUGAGCAUGGGUGGGGAAUGA